CCAUAGACGCAGUUAGACAUCCAUCAUAAACAAUACACAAUGGCGAAGAAAGCGAUACAAAAAGACCAGAUCGUCAAACUGAUAGUCGGCGCGGGCCAGGCAUCACCUUCGCCACCCGUCGGUCCCGCGCUGGGUAGUAAGGGAGUGAAGAGCAUGGAUUUCUGCAAAGAAUUCAAUGCGCGCACAGCACACUACAACCCCGGCACACCGAUACCCGCACGCAUCACCGUCCGACCCGACCGCUCCUUCCACUUCUCUCUACGCACGCCUCCCACAGCAACGCUCCUCCUUUCUGCUGCCGGCGUUGCGCCGACCAGGAGUAAGAUUCGUGGCGCGGGAAAUGUACCAGGGCCGAUGAAUAACCAUGAGGGGCAGAAGGGAAAGACAAGUACUAGCAGCCCAACGGUUGGCAAUGCGGUGAAGGGGACGGUGGGGACGGUUAGCUUGAAGCACGUUUAUGAGAUUGCGAAGAUUAAGCACAGCGAGACAAGACUUUCGGGAUUGAGCCUGGAGGGAAUUGCAAGAAGUGUUGUUGGGCAAGCAGGGAGUCUGGGCGUCGUCGUUGUGCCAUAGAUGUAGAAGGGGAUUGUCUGUGGAUUUGUACGAUCAAGGAUGUGACCUGGCGUAAAGAGAUUUCUCGUUGCAUGAAGCAGGACUUCCGUGCGGAGCCCGCACAUUACUGGAAGUGCAGGAGCGGCCUGCUGUCUAUGAGGUUUUGUACGAGAUGUGUGUAUCUAUGAUUGAAGCAAAUCAUAGCAUCUGAAAUGGAACGAUUCAUGCGUGUUUCCGGUAAGGUGGC